CCGGGAGAGAGGCAGAGAGCAGAAGCCGCUGCAACGGGAGGAAGGAAGGAAGGAAGGAAGGAAGGAAGGACGGACAGGUGGAGGGGGAAAAGCGCCGUGGUGCUGAACGGACAGCGACCGCAGCCACGCCUUGCGAGACCAGCACUGCCGCCAGCCGCCGCCGGGGGGGACGCCGCCGUGGGAGGGGGACGGGGACUGCGGUGAGCCCUGCCUCUCGCCCCCCACCCCACCUUCCAGCCUCCUCCCUGAAGCACCCAGCGCGUCUCCCGCUGCCCGGCUCGGCCUCGGACCCCCAGCCCUCUCCGCCUCCAUGGUCGCUCGCUCACACCAGCCCCGGCCGGGAGAAGGAGACCCCGCUGGAGUAGCCCGGCCAAGCAGCAUGCGCUCCGAGGCAGGUGGGCAGGUGGGCCGGGCAAGGACAGCAGGUGAGGCACUAAGGGGGAUGACCAAGGAGACACCAUCUCAAUGGCUUCCACGAGACCCCUGGAAUUGACAGUCUUAGAGAGUCACCUCGGGUCCAGCCAGAGCGGAAGACAAGGAAAGACUUCAGCACCAAGGAGAGCUCCCCGGAUAGGAGUUGAGAAUGCCUCUUACCAGAGGGAGGAAGAGGAAGAGGAAGAGGAGGAGACUUCCUUCCAGAGAGGACCAGGGAGCUCCAAGGAACACCCAGCACCUCCCACCGAGGACCUUUCUCCAAGAUCAGAGGAUGCGACGUUGUCAGACCCAACUGGGAACUCCGUGGACUAUGGCUUCAUUUUGGCCUUGGUGUUCCUGGUUGGUGGGAUUUUGCUGGUGAUCGUGGCUUACAGCAUCCCACGCGAAGCUCGGGUGAACCCGGACACGGUGUCCGCCCGGGAGAUGGAGAGGCUGGAGAUGUACUAUGCCCGUCUCAGCUCCCAUUUGGACAAGUGCAUCAUCGCCGGCUUGGUCAUGUUGACUUUGGGUGGGAUGCUCCUCUCCGUGCUCUUGAUGGUCUCCAUGUAUAAAGGGGAGCUCUAUAGGAGGAGGACUUUCCCGGUCUCCAGAGGCCCCCGAAAGACUUACGGGUCAAUCAACCUGAGGAUGAGGCAGCUCAACGGAGAAGGAGGACAAACUUUGGUGGAGAACGAGGUCAUUCAGAUGACUGAAAUGACCCACGUCACGCAGAGCUGCUGAUAACUCUCCAGAUAUUUGGGAUUGGAUAUAGUCCUCCAUGUGGGGGUCCUUGGGGUUCUCUGAUGGUGGUUUUCUUGCAGACGUUUCGUGACCCAACUAGGGAACGUCAUCAGUGCUAGAAGGGAGUUGGGUUUGCAGAGAGGAGGAGGAGGAGUGUGGGAUCUUUGAUGCUGUCUGAGCUUGGUGGUUUUCUUGCAGACGUUUCCUGACCCAACAUGGGAACAUCAUCAGUGCUAGAAGAGAGUGGGAUUUGCAGAGUGGAAGAGGAGGAGGAGGAGGAGGAGGAGAACUGUCAGAUUCUUGGUGCUUUCUGAGCUUGGUUAUUUUCUUGCAGAUGUUUCGUGAUCCAACUAGGGAACAUCAUCUGUGCUAGAAGGAAUUGGGGUUUACCUCCACAUGAAACCUCUGGAAGAAGACAAUUGAGCUCAAAAAGCACCAAGGAUCUUAAU